AUGAACAAAUAUUUUAAAAGUAAUAGUGGAACCUGUGAAACAUCUACCUCGACAUCGGAUGCUAGAAAUGAAUCAAUAAAUGAUAUAGAAGAAAAUAUUUCUAAGACUCCUGUAAAACAUAAUAAUGAAACAUCUACUUCGACAUCGGAGGCUAAAAAUGAAUCAAUAAAUAAAACGUUGACCUCUCCUACUUUAACAUAUUUUCCUUGUGAUGAUAAUAAUUUUGAUAUUGACAUUAAUAGUAGUAAUAGUGCAUUUGUGAACAAAACAGUUGAGAUGAGCGAUAAACCGGUAACCGAUGUUUCAAAAUCCGUUGCAUUUAUUUCUCAACCUGAUUUAUUCGACCCAUAUUUAUGGCCAGAUAACAGACAGAAUAACUUAAUAGACAUAGUUAUUAAGAUGGGACCACGUGAAAUAAACGAAGACAUUUUUCCCAAAGAUGAAAAUAAUCGUCAUUUUUCUAAAAUUUACCAAAUAAGAAAAUUAGACAACAAUGAAAAAGUUAAAAGACGAUGGCUUGUAUAUUCUAAAAGCAUUGAUCGGGUGUUUUGUUUUUGUUGCAAACUUUUUAAUAGUUCUCAUAGUACACUAUCCACAACAGGCGAUAAUGACUGGAAACAUAUGACAACAAUACUUAUUUCUCAUGAAAAAUCACCUGAGCAUUUUACUGCAUACAAAAAGUGGCACGAAUGUGAAUUAAGAUUAAACCUUGGUAGAUGUAUUGAUAAUGACCUAAAAUUAUGA